AUGGACCAAAUCAAUGGACAUGCGGAAUGUGGGGAAGACGACAGGGUACCUGUCUACUCGAUCCACAACGUACCCAUCACCGAAGAAAGGAAGCCAUAUAUCAGUAGCAAAAACUCUCGUCUACAACACGCAGCGGUUGCGCGCGCAAAUCUCGCCCCGUCGGAAGAAUCGCCUGAAGGCAGUACGCAAGACGACUGGGCAAAGAAGCAUUCGCAUCAAACAGUCCUGCAACAACACUGCGACUUCUUCGACCGAGAUCAUGAUGGUAUUCUCUGGCCACAAGACACUUUCGUCGGUUUCUACCGCCUAGGCUGCGGGCUUUUCUUCUCGGCUUUCGCCGUCUUGGUCAUCCAUAUCAACUUUUCGUAUCCCACGUGUUCAGGAUGGCUUCCGGAUCCUUUCUUCCGUCUGUUCUUGCACAAUGUGCAUAGAGCGAGACACGGCAGUGAUACGGGCACCUACGAUGCAGAAGGAAGGUUCAUCCCUUCGAAGUUCGAAGAAAUUUUUACCAAAUAUGCCGAUGGGCGAGACUAUUUGACCGUGGGAGACUUGGUCAAUGUGUUGAAGGGGCAGAGGAAUAUCAAUGAUCCGAUCGGAAUGUGCGGCUUCAUCUUCGAAUGGACUGCAACGUACAUCACGCUUUGGCCUGAAGACGGUCGGAUGAUGAAGGAGGAUAUUCGUGCAGUAUACGAUGGCAGCAUAUUUCAACGAAUAGCUGACAAGCGUAGCUCGCGCAAGAUCAGCAAAGGCCUUACCUACUUUUGUGAUGCGGCCGUGACAAGCUUCGCAAGCUCCUGUGCCCACAAUAUGCUGCAGGCUCAUGGCAGGACGCCGCCGAAGAAAGGCCGCGCGCUGGCUGCGAGGACUGAGGAGGGCCGCUAUCCGCCCGAGGGCCCCAAGUCCGGGGUGCCAAAGGUGGCUAUCCCGAGAAUACCUGGCCAGAAUUAUCAGAUCCCGCCGUCCACACGAACCCCUCGAGCCCGCAGCGAAGUCGUGAGCAAAGCCUGCACUCAGUGUCGCAAACGAAAGAUCAAAUGUUCUGGUGCUCGUCCGCGUUGUGACAAUUGUGACAAGCACCACCAUAGUUGUCACUACGAUCUAGAGCGCAAGGACCGCCUCAAAGGAGCGCAGCGUAAAUCGCACGCAUUGACCGAGCUCUUGCUCGAUCUCAGCGGCCAGCUCGACGAGGCGAGCCAGAAGAAGAUUGAGGAAACAUUGGCAUCCUUCGAAGAUGACACGCCUCCUCCUCCGCCAACUCCUGCGCUAUCACGUGGUAAGCGGGCAAGGAGAGCUUCAUCAUCUCAUGCCAAUGGCGACGCUCGAAGUACCAUCUCUGCAGAGGGCGGAGAAGCUCAUGUCUCCGCUUCUGUCGGCUCCAACGAAGACCUAGAUUUUGUCCAAGAGGACAUUUUGCGCACCGAAGACGCAGACAACACGGGCUACAUGGGGCGCAACUCGCAAGUCCAAUGGCUCCGAGCCCUUGAAACCAAGAUCGAACAUCCCGAACGCGAGUCCUCUGGUUUGCCAUAUGGGCCGCCUGGGGUCGAGGGAGAUGCUUUCAAUCAGCGUGCUAAAGCACUUCGUGAGCGUCAAGAGCACGGCGACAACCGGCAAUCCCCCGACAACGACCAAUUCCUUGGCUACUACUUCUAUCUUGACAAAUCCAACAUCGACAUCGAUAUUGGUGACCCACAUGUCAUACCUUUUGCUGAUACGGCCGAUCGUCUUUUCGACUACUAUAAAGCGGUCGUACGUAGCCCAUUCCCAAUCCUAGAUGACAUUUUCGAACAUCAGCUGCACGUGUUUUUCACGAGAGAUCGAGGUGCUACAUUGGCCGUAUGCCCAAAGUGGAAAGCUGUUAUGAACCUCGUUUUCGCCAUCGGUGCACGCUACUCACACCUUGUCGGUGCAGAGUGGCGGGCCGACGACCACGACCAUUUAGUGUAUAUGUGGAGAGCAGUACAUCUUUUGCAGCUCCAGUCCCUCAACACAUUAGUCGCGCAACCAGAUCAAACAAUGAUACAGGCGUUCGGACUUCUCUCUCUGUACUAUCUGACGAUUGGACAUGUCAGCAGGGCUUGGUACAUGAUCGGUAUCGCUAUCCGCCAUGCACAAGCUGCAGGUCUGCACCUGAGACACGAGGAUCCUUCCAUAUCUCCUAAGAGGAGGAAGACCCUAGCUCAGCUUUGGUGGUCGCUUUACUCCAUUGAAUGUGUCCUUACUUCGAUAACAGGACGUCCUCGCACUGUAAGUGCCAUAGACUGUACAGUACCGCCACCGGGCGCGAAAGGAACUGAAAUGGAGACACCUUUACGUGAAAAUGCGAUGUCAUCUACAGGAAGUCGAGUCUCCGAAUCUUCUGCUGGUGGGACCACACCCAACGCAAGUGUGGAUCCAUUCGAUGUAGCCUACAUUAGGCUCGACAUUCUUAUGGACAAAAUCCUGUCUGGUCUAUACUCCGCGCGGAAGUCUGCCAAGUCUUGGAAGGCUGCGCAGAAGGAGAUCGCCUCGCUAUCUGACGAAUUGGAAACCUGGGCUUUGCGUUCCCUGUCUCGAGAUCCAGCCGCAGCAAAUGCCGAUGCGUCAGGGUACGAUCUGAAUCGAGAGCAGCUGCUACUGUAUUUAUACUACCACAGCGCUAAGAUCUGCAUCACUCGGCCCUGUCUGUGCCGGCUGGAUUUGCGCAUAAAGGGGCAGAGCGAAGAGUCAAUUCGAUUCAACCAGAAAACUGCGGAGGCCUGCAUAGGCGCAGCCCUGAAUAUUACGUCCACAUUGCCAGAUCCCCCAAACCCUGCGUGGUAUUACGAGAACGGUCCGUGGUGGUGUGCUGUUCAUAUGAUCAUGCAAGCCCUUACGGUCCUACUUCUUGAGCUGUCGCUGGACGGUGUCCACUUGACAGUCGAAAAAUCACAUGUCACAUCCUGCAUCGACAAGCUUAUACGAUGGCUGAGUGCGAUGAAAUCGGUCGACGCAGUCAGCGAGAGCGCAUACAACGUUGUCGCUAGAGUAUUGAAUAAGCAGAGCAAACAAGAAGCGGCCCAUCGGCAACUACCUCAGCCACAGCCAACUGAUCAGCAUCAACAACAACGCCAGGCACAAGACACGAUCCUGGAGUUGCAGCAGCAAUAUCAGUGGUACAGUCAACCUCUUGCAUUGCAACAGUCGGGUGUCGUAUGGCAGACCACUGAUGCAUUCAAUAGCAACGACUUUUACUCGCAAUCCAACACAGGCAACUUCUAUUCCAACAAUGUCUCCGGAAGUGAACACUUGAACGAUUCCAACGCUGACUUAAUGGAUUUCGAUCAGCCACUUAAUAUGUUCUAUAGAAAUCCUUACGAGGCGACUUUCGAUCAAUGGGAAUGGGACCCGGCGGCGUUCGAGGAUCCCGAUCUAGGGCAGCAGCGAGGCCCGAGCGGGGACCAAGGCGGUUAUCAAGGGUACGGUGGUAGCUAA